GAUGCUGAAGUUAUGUUUGUUUGUCAGAAGUAUGUUAAAUUUUGUUUCUGAUCACCAUCUGGUGAGCAAGAUGUAUGAAACAGGCGAAAUACCCUCAGACUUCAAGAAGAAUAUAAUAAUUCCAAUCCCAAAGAAAGCAGGUGUUGACAGAUGUGAAAAUUACUGAACUAUCAGUUUAAUAAGUCACAGCUGCAAAAUACUAACACGAAUUAUUUACAGACGAAUGGAAAAACUGGUAGAAGCCGACCUCGGGGAAGAUCAGUUUGGAUUCCGUAGAAACACUGGAACACGUGAGGCAAUACUGACCUUACGACUUAUUUUAGAAGAAAGAUUAAGGAAAGGCAAACCUACGUUUCUAGUAUUUGUAGACUUAGAGAAAGCUUUUGACAAUGUUGACUGGAAUACUCUCUUUCAAAUUCUAAAGGUGGCAGGGGUAAAAUACAGGGAGCGAAAGGCUAUUUACAAUUUGUACAGAAACCAGAUAGCAGUUAUAAGAGUUGAGGGACAUGAAAGGGAAGCAGUGGUUGGGAAGGGAGUAAGACAGGGUUGUAACCUCUCCCCGGUGUUAUUCAAUCUGUAUAUUGAGCAAGCAGUAAAGGAAACAAAAGAAAAAUUCGGAGUAGGUAUUAAAAUCCAUGGAGAAGAAAUAAAAACUUUGAGGUUCGCCGAUGACAUUGUAAUUCUGUCAGAGACAGCAAAGGACUUGGAAGAGCAGUUGAAUGGAAUGGACAGUGUCUUGAAAGGAGGAUAUAAGAUGAACAUCAACAAAAGCAAAACAAGGAUAAUGGAAUGUAGUCUAAGUCGGGUGAUGCUGAGGGAAUUAGAUUAGGAAAUGAGGCACUUAAAGUAGUAAAGGAGUUUUGCUAUUUGGGGAGCAAAAUAACUGAUGAUGGUCGAAGUAGAGAGGAUAUAAAAUGUAGGCUGGCAAUGGCAAGGAAAGCGUUUCUGAAGAAGAGAAAUUUGUUAACAUCCAGUAUUGAUUUAAAUGUCAGGAAGUCAUUUCUGAAAGUAUUUGUAUGGAGUGUAGCCAUGUAUGAAAGUGAAACGUGGACGAUAAAUAGUUUCUACAAGAAGAGAAUAGAAGCUUUCGAAAUGUGGUGCUACAGAAGAAUGCUGAAGAUUAGAUGGGUAGAUCACAUAACUAAUGAGGAAGUAUUGAAAAGGAUUGGGGAGAAGAGAAGUUUGUGGCACAACUUGACCAGAAGAAGGGAUCGGUUGGUAGGACGUGUUCUGAGGCAUCAAGGGAUCACCAAUUUAGUAUUGGAGGGCAGCGUGGAGGGUAAAAAUUGUAGAGGGAGACCAAGAGAUGAAUACACUAAGCAGAUUCAGAAGGAUGUAGGUUGCAGUAGGUACUGGGAGAUGAAAAAGCUUGCACAGGAUAGAGUAGCAUGGAGAGCUGCAUCAAACCAGUCUCAGGACUGAAGACAACAACAACAACAACAACAACAGAGCUUUUUCCUCAUAUUCACCUCAAAUCCAUCCAAAUACUGUGAAGUAUCCUACAGUUAAGUCCAAAACUGAUUGUUUCCCUCUACUUGUAUUUUAUUUGUAGUGACCUUGUAAAAGUGUUUCUUAAAUCCUAAUAUGAGAAGAAACACUCUGUGAAACGUUUGAUUUGUCACAGUGCAGCUGUGUAAACAGCAGCCAAAGUGAGGAAACUAGCCUUGAAAUACUUUGCUGCUAUAUGAUGCAACUGAACUGAUAUCCCAGUCUACUGUAGUAUUGUUAAUUUUAUGCACCCUGCUACUAUGCCCCGUCAACAGAUGGGUUCACACCGUGCUCAUAAUGCGAGAAUAAAACGGAAAGGCACAUGGUUUUCCCUUCUUUUGGGGUUUGUUACCUGUGUGUGUGGAAUAUCUCUACUUUUGUGGAAUGAGGAGAAAGCAAUAUCCUUCACUCAGUCUUUUGAGGAGGCUGUUAAGGAAGCUAUCUCCAUUCAUCCAGGAUCAAAAAUCAAUCCUGAUAACGAUGGUCAUCUUGUCCACAUCACUGGUCCAUUGGAAAUCAGUGAACCAUUAACGGAAGUAGAGUAUGGCAUUUCAGUUCCAGCUGUAAAACUGAAGAGACGAGUCCAGAUGUAUCAAUGGGUUGAAGAACAUGUGCAAAGUGAUGCUCCAGCUGCAGAUAACACUGCUGCUCCGCAAUUUAAUUAUGUAAAUGAUUGGAGAGAUAAGCUCAUAGAUAGCACCAAGUUCCGUGUGAAAUCAGGACACCAGAAUCCUAAGGUUUUUCCUUUUAAAAGUACUGUGUAUGUUAGCGAACAAGUGAGCGUUGGACCAUUCUACUUAAGUGCAGAACUGAAAGACAAAUUCAAUGAUUUUGUAUUAAUAACAAGUGAUGAAAGACCAGAACGUAGAGACAUAAGAAUGCACUUGGGUCUGUAUUAUCACACUCAAGAUGUCUGGAGCCCAGAAGUAGGUGACGUGAGGGUUCAAUUUUCAUAUGCAGGGAAAGCUGGUGAUGUGGUGAGCAUUAUUGGAAAGCAGAAUGGUAACAGGAUUGAGCCAUACAAAGCUCCAAAUGGCAAUGAAAUUUUGAUUCUCCACCAUGGUAUACUCACUGUGGAGGAAACACUUCAGAGGGAACAUUCUCCAAACAUAUGGCUUAUAUGGUUGUGCCGUAUUGCUGGAUGGCUUCUGCUUUUCCAGGGUUCAUCAUAUCUGAAUGGAUUACUGCGAUUUGUCUUUUGGAAGCCGACAAAUGGUGCACUUUCUCUGUCAGCUACUUUGUUGGUGGUAGCUGUGGCUUGGUUCCAAUAUCGCCCACUAUUUUCAGCAACAAUGGCUAUUGGCGCAACAUUACCAUUAUUGUGGUCUGGGUUGCGCACAUCACCGUAAGAUAUGUCUCUGAGAACUCUGUUUAAAAGAAGGAACUUCACAAGCAACUAUCAUUCAAGAUUAGUAAAAACACUCAAUACACUACUGUAGCAAGCAUAAUCGUAUAAUAAACAAAAUAUGCAUUAUAUAAUGAUGUAACUUAUCUAUACUGCUCUUUAUAAUUUUAUAAAGA